UGGAGGAGGCAGAGGUAGCCAUGUUGUAGAAGAAGAAGAAGAACAACACGAAGAAGGAGAAGAAGAAGAAGAAGAAUCUUGGAGGAUCUCUCUCUCUAUUUCUUGUGUUUGUUUUGUUUUUAUUGUAGAGAAGAAACUACUACUUGUUUUUUUUUUCCCCCCUCCACUCCUGCCGACACCAUGAGUGGCGGGACACCUUACCUCGGGAGCAAAAUCAGCCUCAUCUCGAAGGCCGAGAUCCGCUAUGAGGGGAUCCUGUACACCAUCGACACCGAGAACUCCACCGUCGCACUUGCUAAAGUACGUUCCUUUGGUACGGAGGACCGCCCCACCGACAGGCCCAUCCCGCCCCGAGAUGACACCUUCGAGUACAUCAUCUUCAGAGGCAGCGACAUCAAGGACCUGACUGUGUGCGAGCCCCCAAAACCAACAUGCUCUCUCCCUCAGGACCCCGCCAUUGUCCAGGGUGCAGUCUCACCUCCGCCUGCAUGGUUGUAAUUCUGCCGCUCCUACGGCCUCUUCAACCGCGCUCCGGUUCCUGCCUACAACCAGUCAGCACCAGCCCUGGUGUCCCCCCAGUUUGGACCCGUUGGUGUCGGACGAUCAGUGCCCUCCUUUGUGAGCAACACGAGCUCAGCCGUAGCCCAGGCUCAGAGAAGCGCUGUUGGCUCUGCUCGGCCCUCUGACUCGAGCUUUCUGGGUAAUCUUGUAACUGAAGGCCGCAGCAGCCCCAGCCUGGACCCUCUGCGAAAGAGCCCCUCGCUGGAGCAGGUGAUCCAAUCGGCGUCCGCUCCGUCGGCCCCCGCCGCCGCCUCCGCCCCCACGGUUCCGGCCCCAGGACUCGGACGCAGGAGCCCGGCUCACGCCCGCACCGCUCCCUCCGCCGGCCAGAGCAUCCAGAAGACCCACCACCACCACCACCACCAGCUGCAGCAGCAGGACGGCAUGGACACAAGGAGGGGUGAGCCUGUCAGGGGAGGCCGAGGCAGCAGCCAGGGCUGGCCUGCACCCCGAACCAUCUCAGCCUCUCACAUCAGUGCAGUAGAUAGGGCUUCCACUGCAGGGCUUACCCACUCUAUCUUUAGCCACUCAGCUCCAGGCGCACCCGGUAACCGGCGCGGUCGAGGCGGCGGACACCGCGGGCGAGGACGCUUCAACGUACGCCGAGACGGACCCAUGAAGUUUGAGAAGGACUUUGACUUCGAGAGCGCCAACGCCCAGUUCAACAAGGAGGAGAUCGACAGAGAGUUUCAGAGCAAGCUGAAGUUGAAAGAUGAGAAGACUGAGAAGACCGAGAAGCCGGAGAAAGCGGUGAACGGAGAGGAUAAAGGCGACUCCGGUGUCGAGACUCAGAACAGCGAGAACAACGCAGAAGAAGGAGAAGGGGGGGGCGACCCGCUCGGCCCGAACUGCUACUAUGACAAGUCCAAGUCCUUCUUCGACAACAUCUCCUGUGACGACACCAGGAAAGCACUUGACAAGUCUGGAAUCACAGGGUUCCCAAGGGAGCGGAGGCAGACCUGGGCAGAGGAGAGGCGGAUGAAUGCCGAGACAUUCGGCAUCCCUCUGCGUCAGGGUCGGGGCCGCGGAGGUUACCGUGGACGUGGUGGUAUGGGCUUCCGUGGGGGUCGGGGUCGUUCGGCUAGCCGAGGAUCCUUCGGUCCACCGCAAGGAGGCGGAGGCUUCAGGGGAGGAUACAGAGGAAACCAGGCCGGACGAGAAUUCGCCGACUUAUCAGCAUACAGGAAGGACAACAAAGUGGCAGCAUAGUCCCAAUGGGAAGAACGCUCUACAGACAAGGUGCAACGCUUGGAGAAAGAAAAAAAAAGGAAAAAAAGAGAGAGAGGAAAAAGAAAGAAAGAAAGAAAGAAAUCGUUUUUUUUGGUUUUUUUUGGGGUUGCUACUCUUUUUUUGACUUAAAAAAAACAAAAAAAAAAGAAUGAAGAUUGUGUACUUAGUUGUAUAUUUGUCACCAGCACUGGGUAGACUGCUUGAAUGCAACUUUAACUUUUUUUUUUUUUUUUUUUUCCAUCUUUCAAAAAUGAUGGAAACAACAAAAACGUCAACAACAACAACAACAAAAAAAACAACAAUGUCAGAGAGAAAGAAAAAAAAAAAGCCAAUCUUUACAAAAUAAAUUCAGAUUUAAUUAUGUAUAAAUGUUAUAAUUCAGAGGGACUGUUAGUUUUUUUUUUUUUUUUUUUUUUUUUCAAUGAUUUAUCUUCUCGGCCCCUUUUCCUAAAAAAAAAAAAACCUGUAUUUGAUAAUAUUUUAUUAGCCGUCGAGGGUCGUCCACGUAAGUUCUUGACUGUGAUGCUCACUGACAUAGCUUUAUUUGGGGAGGGGGGGGGGGGGGGGGGGGGGGGUUGGUGGGUUUGUCCUAUUAUUAUUAUUAUUAUAUAUAAAGUAACUUCAGCACCAAAAUUAGCCCACAGGGUCUCAGUUACACCUUUUUCUCUUAACAUGUAUUUUUCUACUAUUACACACCUUUAUUCAUCCUGUUAUCGUAGUCAGCCCGCUCUCUCUCUCUCGCUCUUCGCUCGCUCAAUCGAUCCUUCCUUCCUUCCUUCCCUCCUUUCCUUCUUCCUCCAGUGGCAGCGUGCUCGUGAUUUUUUUAGAUCAUCUCACCCCUAAACAACACUUUGUCGCCGCAGCUUUUUCUCAUCUUUUGUUCUUCUUCAGUGUUUACAGGGGAGGGGGGGGGGUCGUAGCCGUAGCCGUCAGCACACGUGUACUUCUCUGGUUUAUCGUGGUAGUUUUUUUCGGGGGGUUUAAAAAACAACAACUCUCUGUCAACAAGCUAUAAAAUCGGGGCUGUGAAAUAAAAAGAUGGAAAUGAAAAGAAAGUCAAAUUUUUUGAGGUGCUAUCGAGAGUUUUUUAAAGUGUAGAAAGGCCACAUGAAGGUGAUCGCACUGUUUUUUUCCCCCCAGAUAUAUUAUCACUCAAUCAUACAAAUAUUUACUUCUUUUUUUUCUUCUUCUCUUCUCUUUUUUUUUGUUUGUUUGUUUGUCGGGCUGCUUCAUCAAACACACUAAUUUCCUUCUAAAAGCAUCUUUUUCGGACAUCACAGAAAAAUCUACACAAGCCAUAAAAGUAUAAAACUCACCUGUUCUCAUUUAUUUUGAACCACCUGUUACAAGUAAACACCAACAAACUCAACUUUAUGCCACUAACUUUGUCCCGCGGCACUGCAUCGGUGGUCGACAGCCCGCUAAAAGCUACAGAAGUGAUGUCAACUAUAGAUCUUUUUUUUUUUUUUUUUUUUUUUUUUUAGAAGAACGAGCUUAGCUGUCUGGGUGUAGCAACAUAGUUUCUUAGCAAUAUCAUACUUUUUAUUUUUUAUUUGUUUGUGAGGUUUACGAAGGAUUUGGGUCUGAUGUAUUAUGACUGAUUUAAUCUGAAGUCAUAUUAACCUGGCAUGAUUUAAGUACUUAUAAAUUUAAAAAAAACCUCUUUCAGUGGCAUUUGUUUGGAUCCGAUGUGGUUUAAGAAAUGUUGUAGAGCUGCACUUUUGCGAUGUUGGGAAAAAAUAAUGCUGUUUUUUUUUUUUUCCUCUUGAUAAUCUGUCCUGAGGUUGUUUCCUGCUAAUGGAAGAUCACAGUAAAUGGCUCCUCCUCCCUCCCCUUUAUAACAAACUGGAGUUUAAAAAUAAAAUGGAGAUGAUUUCAGGAGUAUUCGAUCUGUUCAGAGCUCGGUCGGAUCCAAUUUUGAGAUCUUUGGGAGUUUUCCCAUCUGAGAAAAGUCAGAAAACUUGAAUUUGACCUCAUUUUCAGCACAAAUUAUCUUCUUUCUUUUAAGUUCUGGCUUUUCUAUCAGUUUAAAAUCUACAAAAUCUUCAUAAAGAUCCUGCUUGACCCAGGUCUGUUUCUCCAGAUCUCCAAAUUUAGUGGAAAAAAAAGCAAAACUACCUUUAAAAAAGUACUUAAUUAUGCUCAGGAAAUAUAGAGGAAAAUAUAUUUCUCAUGUUCCCCUUAAUGCUAGAGAAUAACAGUUAACAUCAGGGGUUUAUCGCUGUUAUCGUAGCUAUUCUUUUGCAUUAAAGCACCAAAAAGCACACAUUUGUUUUUACUUAUGUGAGAUUUAAUCGGAGCCUUUAGAAAAAACUUGAGUUGGACACAGCAAGAAAAACCUGCAUCCAGCUGCAGAGCUGCAACACCAACAUGUGCGGUUUAAUAUUAAAAGCAUGUUUUUGUAUGGAAGUUGAAGGAAGUCACCAGAAUAAACAAUGCACUUACAGUGUUUAAUCAGUUAACAAGUGGAUUUAUUUAUUUUUACUGCUUAUAACUUGUGUUUCAAUGAUUAUAAAACUCCAAAGUAAAAUAGGAAAACAUCUGUAAAAGAAAGGAGGAAAAAAAAAAAGCUUGUUAAAUUUGCAAAUUGCUUUAAUUUAAAUGUGAGAUAUAAAGUGAAUUUUAACAAAUGGACUCGUAUUUAAUCUCAUGGCUCAAUUAAAAUGAUCACAGAAAUAUUAAAAGCAGGUAAAUUUAAUUGUGAGAAUUAAAAAAUUAAAGGAACUCACUAAAAUAAAAUUAAUCUUAAAAAGCCUUUUGUGAGUAUUACUUUUGCAAAUCCAUUAAAAAAAAAUCACAUUUAUUCAUCAUUUAAAGAUAGAAUAUGCAAAUUUAAACCUUUUUAUAAACCUAACUUAAUUAUAUUUCUACUUUGGGUUUUGAAACGCGUAAUUUACUGACUGUCUGAUAACCUUUUUUCCUUUUUUAAAUUAUCAGUGUAUUAAUUAUAUUUUGAGUGUUUAUUAAACACUGUAAUUAUUCUGGUGGAACACUUUUCAGUCGUCUUCAGCCUAGGAAAUAAUCAGCAGCACAUGCGUGUUCUCCGUUACAUACAUGUGCUGUUAGAGACUGACGAUGCUGCGGCUCUGCGGUAUAAAAUAUAAAAUAUAUAUAAAUGUCAAACAAGCUUCAAGAUUUUUCACUUUUCUUACUGUGUCCAAACUUAAGUUGGUACUUUAAUCCAGGACAGAAAUCUUUAUUUUCUUUGUUGUUUUCUUUACUCCUUCUUCUUCUUCUCUGUUUGAAACAUUGCAGAUGAUUAUUCGGGGGAGGGGGAGGGAGGGUUUGGGUUGACAUGACUUGAUUGCAGCAGUGGUUCUCAACUGUUUUUUCAGGCGUUGUGAGCGAAUCGGAGCAGCAAAGAAAGAAAAGUCUACAUUUAACGAGACUUCAGUUUAAACUAAGUCAAAACAUUUUUUUUUACUGAAAACUUAGCAGCAGGGCUGGAUCACCAACGGGGAACAGCUGCCCCAACCCCCGCCCUCCUUAAACCCUCGUGGUAGUUUCACGGUAACUUAAAUAUAAUUGAGUUUAUUCAACCCUUAAUGCACCAUUUAAAAACUGGAAUCAUAGGGGCAGCCAUGUUUGGUUUAAACCCAACAAGAGUUUCCUUUUUUAGAGCAGAGCUGGAAGCUAGCAGUCCCCCUCCAGUUUCCAGUCUUUAUGCUAAGCUAAGCUAACCAGCUGCUUGUUGUAGCUUCAUGUUGAGCGUGUAGAAACGAGAUCGAGAGGGGGGGGGGGGGCUAAAUCUGAACAUCUGUCUUUAACCACAUGUUGAACUUUUGCUAGUUUUUAAAGCCUUUACUAGUUCGUGCUGACAUGGUGCGUUUUACUGGAUAAAUUGGAGCUCGAGCAAGUUACUAGAAGCUAAUUAUUAACUCAUACAUAUAUAUAUUUAUAAAUAUAUAUAUAUAUAGUAUACAGACUGGGAGAAUUAGGGGGGGUGUGUGUGUGGUUAAAUAGCCCCUGGUGCGUUAAUCCAGCUCCGCCUGUGUGUAGAUUUUUCCACAUUUUAUCAAAAGCUUGAAGGCACAUUCUCUGUUUCUCUGAAGCAAACGAGUUGAGAACCAGAGUUGCAAGUGUCUUAUGCAUUAUCUGAUUUAAAAAGAAGACUAAAAAGACACUUAAGGAGGGAGGAGGGGGGGGGGGGGGGUAUUUUUUGGGGGAGGUAUGUGCCUGGAUUAUUAAAGGAAGCCGUGUAGUUCUUCAUGUCAAGUUCUUUUUGACCGGUGAUGUAUUGAAAUGCACACAAACACUACAUGAUGCUCGUGUAAGUCGGUCGCCACUAAAUUGGGUGUGAGGAAAAAAAAACAAAUAAUUACUAAAUAACUGUUCAUUCAUAUAUUUAAAGAAAGAGAAAAUUGCCAUGGUUGUUGAUGCAAUAACUGGAAGAAGAAGAAAAAAAAAAAGGAGCAGGUGGCGGUUUGAGCAUCUAGAGGUGGAAAGCAGACGCCGACCCGCUUCGCUGGUCGUGUUUUCUCUGCUAAAUUCUGCUUCUGGCUUCCUUUAACACUCUUUGGAGUCACAGCCACAUGUUUAGUGUUUGAACCCAGCAUGGCGUCCUCCUCUGUGGACCUCAGCGGACUGGGGUUUUUAUUAUUAAGAGCAAAUAAACAGUUGU